AACGCAUCUUAAUAGCAACAGUGGAAUUUUCGAGUUCAAGUGCAAGAGAUAAUUGAGAUGGAUCAUCAACACUCAUUACAAUUGAAACCACCAGAAGCACCAUACAAAUGCAGUGGUUGCGGAGAAUUAGGGUUUGGAACAAGUUAUCAUUGUGAAAACUUCAAUUGCACUUAUAUCCUACAUCAAGAAUGUGCAAAUCCUGAUCCUUUUGCCUUUCAUCCAUUUUUCGAGAAAAGCACUUUUGAGUUCUAUAAAAAAGCACCAAGAAAUAGAACAUAUUGUGAUGCUUGUGGAAAAGAUGUUUUAGGUUUUGUCUACCAUUGCUCUAAAACAGGAUAUGAUCUUCAUCCAUGUUGUUUGAAGCUAAAACAUAUUAUUUCAAAUGAAAGUGCAAAUGUGACACUGAAAUUAUCUCAUAAAGUUCAUUCAAAAUGUGCAAAAUGUAAGCAUAAGAAUGUUGUGAGAAAAGUCAAAGGUUGGACUUAUUAUGAUGGAAAUUCUUGUUGUUAUCACGUUUCAUGUUUCAAGGAUUUGAUUCUUGAGAAUUGGAGGAGGGGUUAUUUUAAUUCUCAAGGAGGUGGAAAUAGCAAUUCAAAUAAUUCUUCGAGUGAUGAUAGGGAAACUCAACUUGCACUAACAAGUGUUGAGAUGGUUCAAAGUUUGAGAAUGUCAAGGAGAGUAAGUACUAUCAACAAGUACACAAAGAUAGCUGUUGUGGUGUUCAAGUUAAUAUUUUCAGCUAUUUUUGGAAAUCCUAUAUCGGCUAUUACUACUCUUUUGGAAGCACUUGCUUCAGAUUGAUGACAAGGAUAUAUAUUGCAACUGUGUGUAUAAUUUGGUUUCGUUUUAAUUAGAGUAGUAGUACAUUGAAUAAAGCUUAAUUAGGUGAGUGAAUCUAUAAAUAUAUAUAUAA